AGCCCCGCCUCUUAUUCUGUGAGUUUCUAAACAUACAAUUUGAUCAUGGCGAUGGGACAUUUGAGUCAGUACGCGUCACCUGUAGGAUAGUGCGGAGUUACUCCGUCGAGCAUCCGUGCUUCAUCUACCCUCAGCAGUGCGCUCAUGACGAGGAACAAACUUGUGACAUCAUCUGAAAUGUCACCGGACAGCUGAGAACUUCGAUUAUACUGACAGGAUUUAUCCAAGAGGAAAAACUUCGGUUGCCAUGUCUCUCCUCUGCGUGAGAGUUAAGAAAGCCAAACUCCAAGGACCUCCAGAUAAAUUCAAUGCCUAUGUGACGCUGAAAGUGCAAAAUGUGAAGAGUACCACCAUCACUGUGCGGGGAGACCAGCCAUGCUGGGAGCAGGACUUCAUGUUUGAGAUCAGCCGACUGGACCUGGGCCUCAUUGUAGAGGUGUGGAACAAAGGUCUCAUCUGGGACACCAUGUUAGGAACAGCCUGGAUCCCACUCAAAAGCAUCUGCCAUUCAGAGGAGGAGGGCCCUGGUGAAUGGAUAUUUCUGGACUCUGAAGUUCUGAUGAAGGCAGAUGAGAUUUAUGGGACUAAAAACCCAACACCACACAGAGUCCUGCUGGACACUCGCUUUGAACUGCCCUUUGAAAUCCCAGAGGAUGAAGCUCGAUACUGGACUGGCAAACUGGAACGCAUCAAUGCUAUGGGCAUUCACGAUGAGUUUCCCUUACAGGAUGAAGUAGCGGGACGCCCUCUGCCCUGUGCUGCCUCUCAAUGCUCUUUGGAUGACCUGGACAGUGCGGUGGAUGAUAGAGACAGUGACUAUAGGAGUGAGACGAGCAGUAGUUUGCCUCCCCGCUACCACACCACAGCCCAGCCUAACUCUUCACUUCACCAGUAUCCCAUGGGGCCACACUUUCAGCAUCACAUGGACUCCUGUGCUGACUCUUUGCACAGCUUUGAAUUUGACUAUAGGGAUCACCAUGCAAGCAGUACAUUUUUCUCUUCCUUUUCCCCCCAACCUUUUUUUUAUCCUCUUCCAUCCUUUUUAAUCUCUGCUAGAGUUUCUAAUCAGAGAGGUAGAGUUAGGAUUGUCCCAGUAGAUUCAGGCAUGGGUGUGGAGGAUUGGGAAAUCAAAUACAAACCACAGGGUAAAAGUACCCUGGGUAAGUUCCUUGAUAGAGAGAAAAAGGCAUGGAUUGAGGAGCAUGACAGACAAGAUGAUCUUGUUCAUAUUGAAAAGGCUUACCAUGACCCCAUAGUCAACCAGUUGUCUCCAAUAAAAAAUAAAAAUGCUUCAUUAAAUGCUGCUUACCCAGAAGGCUAUGCCACUAUUGACCGAAGGCGAAAGAAAAAAAUCCGCGACCCGGGAGGACUGGAGCAUGUCGGAUCAGAGCAUUUCCCUCCCGAUCUUGCAUUUCUUCGUCAAAAACGAAGCGAGCUUGUGUUGCGUCAAGUGAAAGAAAUGGAAGAGGCUGAUGAAAACAUGAUGCCAUGCCUGAAACCAUACAAAAAUGGCUUACUCUACAAAACUAGAAUGUGGGCCAAAAACAAGCUAGAAAACACACUGGAGAAUUAUGUCGCAUAUCAAGAGGAAGAAGCAGCUAGACUGAGGGAUGAUGUAGGCUUUGAUUCUGAGGCCUCAGAUGAGCUACAAUAUUCCAUUGGCUCUGAGGAGGAGUUAGAGGAAAUGACUUCUUUAGCUAAGGCACUCAGGAGUGAGGAGAGGAAGAAUUACAGCCACUAUGGAUAUCUCUCAACAUAUGGUAGCCAAACUGAGAGGCUUCAAGGUUACCGUGAUAAGAAAAGUGGAAAGUGUAAAAUUGGUGGAUGGGCUCCAGAGGUCAUGCUGUCUCCUGUAGAGGAACCUAGUGAUGAAUAUGUUGAUCCUAUGGAUGAACUGCAGUGCCUGGUUGAAACUGUAUCAGAAUAUCUAGCUGAAAAAGAAGAAGAGAUCAGUAAAUAUGGAUCCUUACCCAAGUCUAACAAAUCAAGGCUGUCAUCUCAGGGUAGUGCAAGAACAGAAUCUGUUGGAGAUGAGCAAGGGAUCACCUCUAAGGAAGUAAAAGAAAAACCCAUAGGUGCCAAAGAACAAAAUUCAAGUGGUGCUUCUGACCAUGGAGUGGCAGGGAUGAAGAAUGCCAUGAGCUCAUUAUUUAGCUCUUUAACAGAUAAAGUUGUGUUAAGCUCAAAACAAGUGGAGCCUAAGUCUGUUGAACAAUCAGAGGCACCAAGUAAUGUUCCAGUUAGUUCUGGUAUAUCAAAAUUGUUUUCCUUCAUGCCAAAGUCUGCAAGUCCCACACCAGUAGCUGUGGUAUCACCUACUCAGGAUCCUCAGUCUGAUAGGAAGUUUUCAAUGCCAUCUCUUUCAUCUUUCCAGCCAUCUGAUGCCAACUUACAAGGGGUAGACCAGUCAACUCAACCAUUUAGAAAUGAGUUCAACAAAUACAGUGCUGUCUCAGCUCACAAAGAGACACCAUCCUCUGUGAAUUCAGUGCUGGAAAAUGGAGAAAAUGUUGUAAAUGGAAUGGAUAAAAGUUAUUUUCAAAAGGAUUUUGAUGCAAGGCAAAAGAAGCCAGGUGAACAGUCCAGAUUUUUGAAUGGCAAUACAAAUCACAGUAAAAUGUCAGAUAAGUAUCAAGUCGCUAACGGCGAAAACCUUAAAAUGCUUAAAACUGCCUCUAAUGCGAUAAAUAGUGAGAAAACGCACAUUAAUCCUCUAACACAAAAAUCAGCUGAGGAGGCAGGAUUUUUUAGUCCUUUUAAGAAAUCUCUCAGUUCAUUAAUCUCACCUGGACAUCCAGUGCCUCCUCAGACUCAAACACAGACAGUUUUUCCUGUCUUUAGAUCAGCGGAAGACAUUAGAAUAGAAAAACCUUCAGAAAUAAAGCAACCUUUUGUCUCAUCUGACAAUGUAUCUGUCCCACAACCUCAAAAGGCAGAAGGGGGGCUGUUUUCUGGAUUUCUUAAGUUUGCAACUGGUGAGGAUUCAAGUACAACCAGAAGUAUGUCACAAAACUCAGUUAAGACAGAUCAAACUCUUCCUGCCACAAACAGAAUUACAGGUGCAUUUCCAUCUUCAGUUCCUGACCAUACAAAAUCAACAACACAGAACCAUAAAGAACCCCUUGAGACAACGGCUAAGGUGAACACGGAAACAGGCUGGUUUUCUAGUCUUUUUAAGAUGGCACCAACAGAAGAUCUGCAACCUGUUACACCACCUACACAAAAGCCUAAUAUUCAGAGCUCUCCACUUCCUGCAGGGUCAAAUCAGAAUGUACCUAGGAUGCAACAUCAGAAACCAGUUUCUGCUAAAGAACAAAUGCAAUUUAGGCACCAACAUUCUGGUCCAACUGAAUCCCCUCAUGUUACAGAGCAAAAAACAUCUCAAAAUGAACGUCAGGGCCCAUUUUCUAGUUUGUUUAAAUCAGCUGCCUCUGAUGAUGCAUCAGAUGCCCGAGCAUCUCCUAAACAAUCACAACAAGGAGGCUUACUCUCAGGAUUCAUGAAAUUUGCUUCAACAGGUGAUAUGACAGCAGGUAAUCAGUCACAACAAAAAAGUCAGUCUGCUCAAAUAAUAAAUCAACAAAACCAAACUCACCCCCAACAAAGUGCAUCUAAUCCUCUUAUCUCAGGGCUGUUAAAUAUUUCCUCUACAGAAAAUGAAUCGACACAUAGACCUCUCCAAAAACUCAGUCCAUUCUCUGAGCAAAAGUCAAAAUUUGCAAGUGCACCACCUCAACAGGGGGGUAUUUUGUCUGGCCUUUUAAGAUUUGCCUCUACUGACAAGGUGUCAGACACUCAAACAAAGAUGUCCCAGGAGCAACAAAUAUCAAGUGUAAGUUCUCAACAAGAUCCUGUCAAGAAUAUUGUAGAGGGACAGAGUCGCAACCUUCCUCAGCAGUCCAGAAUCCAAAAUCAGCUAUCAGACCAACAUCAGAAAGGCAUAUUAGAUGCCCCUGGACAAAGUUUAUCCCAUCAAGGUACUUCUCAACAAGAUGGCCUUCGAUCUGACCUUUUCAAGUUUACCACAUCAGAUGUUUCUGUCUCUCAGUCAACACAACAAAUACAUGCAUAUAACAAUCAGUCCUCUCCACUCCAGCCAAAAACAAAUGUGAUGGGACAAAGCCACUCAUCUCAAGAUAAUUCAUUUAAACAAAAACCCCAGUCCGGUGGUCUCUUCUCUUCCUUUCUUAAAAUAUCCUCUACUGAGUCACAGGAACUGAAUACACCACCUGAUACAAAGGAAAACAAUGAACAUGCUUGUUUGCAGCAGUCAAUUGUGACAAAACUGAGUUCUCCUGUGGCAAGGCAAAAUACAUCCUCUCAGUCAGGAAUUUUGUCUGGUCUUCUCAGUAAGCUCACAUCCUCACAUCCUGAAGAUGUAUCGCCAAACAGACAGAAUUCAUUUGAGCAGAAACAGGAGCAGCAACACAUACCAACAGAGAUUUCCACUCAACAAGGUCAAUCAAAAAGACAGCUACCUCAACUACCCUCUCAGAAUCAAGUUGAACUGCAGAACCAAAAGCCCUCUAAUCAGCAAGGUUUCUUAUCUGGAAUAUUCAGCAGGAUUACAACAGAGGUUUCCCCUGCCAAAAUGGAGGACAUGGCUGUAGAAGGAUCACAUUCUAUAGGACUUCUGAGACACAAUGUAUCUGACCUAAAAAAUGUGCCUAACAUCUGUGACACAGGGAGUCUUGAUUUGAGGACACCAGCAAGUUAUGCGAGGUCACAACAAAAUCGUACUGCAUACGCAUCAAAUAGCACUGGUAAUUUACCCCUCUUAUAUAGCUCACAAAACUUUUUGCUUUCAAGUCAAGUAAGAAACACUUCAUGUAGCACUGAAAAUCUUAGUAGCUCCCCUCUUGGUCACUCGUCUCGAGCAGUAAUGUCACAGGAAUAUUUAAGACAGAGCUAUCCAUCCUUACAUAGUAUAGCUGAACAGUAUGGUUACCAACAAGGCUCUUCUUCAUAUGCAUUGGGACUUAGUCCCAAUGAUGAACACUCAUGGAUCCAAGAAUCUAUUUUGUGGCAACAGCUAAAUGAUCAGUCAUUAGGCUGCUAUCCUGAUGGACAUGGAAAUACACAUAGCGAUGGAGUCCACAAAUCUUCUCAGUGUCUCAAUAAUAUAAAUAUGGAUAUUAAUCAACAAUAUUGCCCUACUCAGACAUGGAUGAGAUCCCAGGUAGAGAACAAUAAUCAACCGGAGUAUUCCAGAGAUAUUCCCAAUAGUUCAAUGAGACUGAGAGCAUGGAAUAGCCAUAACAGUUUGGAUGUGAUUAGUAGCCAAGAGAUUGAAGGUGUAUUGAAUUUGAGCAUGAGAAAUAAUCCUAAAUUUGGCAAGUGCCACUCAUUUAGUGCAGAGAGUUGUUACAGUCUAAACAGUGUUUCAUAUCAUGAAGGAUAUUUUGCAGAAACCCCUCCACAUCUUUCUUACUCUGCUAAUGGACAGUAUAUCUAUCAAGGCACAUCAGAGAUUUUCAGUCAACCUGGGAAUAAUGGAAGCUAUGUUAAUGUAGCUACAUCACCAAAUCAUUGGAACUACACUUCAACAAGCAACAUUGAUAUGGAGGAACCUGUUUAUCUUGAGGAGUCAGAGUGGUAUCAGCAAUGGCUUUCACUUUUGGACCAAGGGAUGUGGUGGCCUGCAGAUGAUGGAGAUUGUGGAUAUUUUGUCUACACUGAUUAUGAGUAUAUUUACGCCCUACUGACGGAUGAGUCUGGCCAAUAUGUUUAUGCAUGCGCCCCAGAACAAGAGUGGGGAAAUACAGGGGACUUCUAUCCUAGUGCCUGGUUGUAUAAUGAGAUGGUUAAAGUUUGUGGUUUUAAGAUUCCUCUCUACAAUGAAGAUGAGCUUAUUUGGCUUCCAGGGAAAGACCAAAGUGAAGCUGAACUUCUUACUGCACCUCUUGACUUGUCAGCAGCCUAUAGAAAAGGUAACCAAAUCAUGAAUCUGAACCUAGAGUGUUUCUCUCAGAUGUUUGAGGAUUCCAUUCUUCAUCAAAGACAGCAAGCUCUGGACUUUUCCAACUAUCAAUUCAACAAGGUUAAGAUGGAUACAAAACAACAGUUCCAGAACAAUUAUGGCUACUGGGAUCCUUCUCAGGAAGCUGUUGACCUCUCAUUUUAUGGUGCCAACCACAAUUAUGCAAAUCUCAACAGCAGAGGAAUAAAAGAACUGCUAUCCCAGAAGGUUUCUAUUUCAUUUGGUGCUACCCCAAUCACAAAUUCACCUACCACAGGUGUCUACAGCUGCUACCAGCCUCAACAGAGGCGCCGUUCAUCCACAGGAGUACAAGUAAGGCAUAUAGAUGAUGUUUCAGAAGAAGAGUGGAGAAAGAGAGUACAGCCUGGAGAGCAGCAGCCAAAUCGAUCCAUUAAGAAAAUAUCAUCAUUUCUGUCCUCCAUUGUUGGCAAAAGCUCAGAUUCAGAAUCAACCAAAAAUGCAACUGCCUCAAGGUCACCUCCUGCCAAAGAUGCUCCAUACCCAGGACAAAUUCAAACCAAAUUUAUCAAAGCCCCCGAAACUCGACUUAUUGAUCAGCAAGCCAAAAACAUUAUAUCAACAGGUUUUCAGAGUCUUAAAUCAAAGAUCAUAAAGGAAGACACUUGUGCAACAACUCAAUCAGAGAGUACAAAUCAGUUGGCAUCCAAACCAAUUUCAACAACAUCUGGAGUUUCACUAACAUCUCCAACACAGUCACCAGCUUCCACAUCUCCUCAAGGUGCAUCCACUUUAAGCUCAUCUCAGAAACCCAAACUGGCUAGACAAGCCACAAUGUCACAACAGUCCUCUGUUCCUUUAACAUUCAUUGGUUCUACUUCUACAACUUCAAGAGACUGUUCAAGUGUAACCUCCAAAUCUGCCCCUCCAGAUGUUUCUGAGCCAGUAGAUACACAUGGUGGAAAACCAUCUGAGCAAUUGGGUGGGUUUUUAAACCUUUUCAAGACAGCAGUGGGAAUGGAGGAGGUAAAGUCAGAGCCCUCUAAAUACACUCAGCCAGUAUCUAGACAACCAGAGAAAGAUGGAUCUGUUUCUGCUGGCAUAAAAGAUUCAACCGCAAAUCAAGACAAAAGUGGAAUGUCUAGCCUUUUUGGGUCAAUAGGUGAUUUUUUUAACAUAGAAAGUUCUUCUCCCACACAAUCAAAGACAAAUCUGCUACAUUCUCCCUCACACCGGCAAUCAACGUCUGUGAUAAACAAUUUAAACAAAGACUGCCUCCAAACAACAACAGUGCCUAAAGGAAUUCAGAAACAACAAACAGUAAGUACCUUUGGACAAGAUGGUCUGUCAGAAUUACCUAGUGUAUCACAAUCAUUUCAGGGAAGGAGUGUCUCUGCAGCUCAGAUAUUUUCUGCCGAUGCUAACAAGGUACCAACACCAGGGGGAUCUCAAACUGUGCCACCAACUGGGGAGACAAAACCAGAAGCCCCCUCCAAACAGUCUGGUGGGUUAUUUGGUUUCUCUGUUGUGGAUAUGUUCUCUGGGACCACAGCCUCUAAAGAAGAAGGCAAAGGGCUGCUAUCCAUAUUUGGUGGUUCCGGUCAGCAACAAACUCCAUCUCAAACUGGAUCUGCCUCUCCUCAAGAAUCUGUGGAUGGUGCAUCUGCAAAAGAGCCACUAGGCAAAAACAUCCUGACUUUGUUUGGAGGUUCCAGCAUUCAACAGACUUCUCCACAAUCUGGAUCCACAAGUCAAACUCACACAUCAGGAUGUGCUCCUCCAAAAGAGACUCAAGGUCUAAAUUUAUUUUCUGUGUUCAGUGGCACUAGUACACAGCAGUCUUCAACAGAACUGGGUUCUUCUAAUCAAAAACAAACACCAGGCACUGUCCCUCCAAAGGAAACCUCAGCCAUGGGAUUACUCUCUAUGAUUAGUGGUUCCAGCACUCAGCAGACUUCACCUAGCUCUGGAGCUGACCCACCAAAAGAUACACCAGUAACAGGACUGCUAUCUAUGUUCAGUGGCCCUAACCUCCAACAGACAUCACAACCACGCUCUACCACUCAGCCUGCACCCCAAGGGAAUGGGCAACCAAAAGAGCCCCUGGGUAAAAGUAUAUUUUCUAUGUUUGGUGGUUCAGGGCAACAAACCUCUUCACAGCAGUCAGGAUCAAUUUUUGGUGGUAUAUUAGGUGGAUCAUCAAGCUCCAAUGAGAGUCCAGCAAAAGGCUUAUUCUCUAUGUUUGGAGCACAAAACUCACAACCACCACCCACCAGAGUUCCAGUCCCUACUAAUGAGCAGAAAGUUAAACAUAUUUCUUUGUUGGAUGGGUCUAACUCCCAACAAAGUCCACCACAAUCUGUCUGUUCUCCUGCAACAGGAGCAACUCUUGCAAAGGAACCACCUAAUGAAAGUCCAUCAAAGGGUUUACUUGCAGGGUCUGGAACAGCCAGCCACCCAAGAACUGUACAGAUUGUCCCACCUAAUGGGCCAUGUAAAGAGCAAUCAGUAAGUGAAAUACCCUCCUUGUCUAGUGGACCUAGCCAUCAGCAAUCUCCACAACAACCAGAUUCAGUGUCAAGUUCUUCUUCUCUUGAUAGUAAAGAGUCAAAGGAGCCACAAGUUCAAGACUUUCCUACUAUCACUGGACAAAUUUCAAUGCCAGGGUCUUCUCAACCCUCCUCACCUUUAAGUGGGCUACUAUCAAGUGAAUCCCCUGGUACAGAUCUUUUGUCAAAGCUCAGUGGGGCUACACUUCAGCCAAGUGAGAGACCAAGCUGUGAUCCAACUGUAUCAGCACCAAAACCCCUACAAGAUGUAUUGCCAGCUAUUGAUGAUAGUUUGGCAUCUUCUGAAUCAAACAAGUCACCAGCACACCAGGAGGAUUCUUCUGCUGAGGGUGUAGUACCACCAAAAGAGGGUGCAACCUCAGGCUUGUUGUCAAUGUUUUCUGGGCCAGGUUCUCAAAAUGCUCCUUCUCAGACUGGAUCUGUGCUUGGCGGGAUUUUCUCUGGUGCCUCAGGAUCAAAGGAAAUUCCUGGCAAGAAUUUAUUUUCUAUAUUUUCUGGACCAAGUUCACAACCCAGUACAGUCAAUGCAGAGCAUGAGAGUAAUAGUCCAGGUGCUUCUGCCUUUAAUGAGUUGCCAGGAAAAGGUUUAUUUUCUGUGUUUGGUGGAUCAAGUCCACAACAGGCCACUCCUCAGUCAUCUUCACUAUUAGGAGGUAUUCUAUCUGGAGUUGCUUCUAAGGAUGCUCCUGGAAAAGGUAUUUUUUCCAUGUUCAGUGGUCCUAGUUCAACACCUUCACCUAGUCAAUCAGGACCAACAACAAAACCAUUGGAAACUGAUGGGCAGUUGAAGGUUGCAUCAUUAUUCUCUCGUGGGGACGGCACUGAUGAUAAUAAAUCAAAGACUGUGGGCUUUGGCCUGUCAAAUUUGGGCUUCAUGGAGGAAAAGAAAUCAGGACCCCAGGAUGAUGAUUCCAAGUGCUCUAUACCCUUUGCCGAUGAAGAAAAAGCAGCCUCCAUGGCUUCAGUCUCUGCUGAUAUCACUGAAAAAAGCUCAGAUCCCAUUGUUGAGAAAAUAGUUGUUAAAGGGAGUAACCUAGAUGUUACCCUAAAUAAUUCUAGUGUGCCUAGAGAUUCUUUAUCAAAGGUUAUUGAUUCCAACUCAGGGCAGAGUACAAAAACAGAAAUCCAGACUACAGAUUGCCAACCUCAACAUAUAAAACAAGGUGAUUCAACAGAGCCCAGUGCCUCUGGCCCUGAUGGACUUCCUAAACAUCCUGAACAACAGAAAUCUGCCAUAGACUCAUCAGCUGAAGCCGUUAGUGGCUUUAUGUCUAAACUGUUCACUGGUGCCAGUUCAGCAACAAAUUCAUCAGGUGGUCUCUUCUCACAACCACACCCAAACAUCACCGCACAAAGAACCUCACUCUUUGGCCUUCCAAGUAGUUUACCCACAGAGUCCAUAAAAAAUGAUCUUUUCAGUAUGUUUAAAUCACCAGAAGCACCAAAAGCAGCUGACAAAACACCACCUGUUACCUCUACUAAGUUGCUUCAGUCAGUCCAAGAUCAGAGUGCACAUAAUGAUUCCCUAUCAUCUUCUGUGGAUGUUACAUUGUCUGGAGACAAAGACAAAAAAGAUAAAGUAGAAACCCUUUUACCUGUGAAAGAAGUGUCUGCUAAUGAUACUUUCAGUAAUUUAACAGUUGCAACUGUGGAUCCAACGGUAGCUUCCAGCUGUCAUCCAGCUGGAACUGUCAUUAAGGAGCCUACUGAUGGUGAAGUAAUACAUGAGAAAAACAUUGUCAUUGUUUCUGAACCUGAAGCAAAGAUUACAGACAAAUCAGUACCUGCAGUAGACAGUAGUUCAAAAAUAGCUCAACAGCCUCCAUCAUCAGAACCUUCUCCAUCCAUAUUUGGCAUGCCAGGUUUAACACCACCUAAGUUUGGUUUCAUGGCUGGAGCUGCAGAUGCUGGAAAGUCUUUUGGAUCUUUCUUUUCUUCACCACCCUCAGUAUCAAACACAGAAGGUGGCAAGCUUCUUUCUGGAUUUAAGUCCAUUUCAGCAGGGCUGUUUCAAGAGGAGAAGACAGUUAUAUCAAAAGAAGAAACGUCAACAUCUUUAUUUGGAACAAAAUUUGGUUUUCCAUGGCAGAAAGAAACUCCAGAACCUCCUAAGCAACAAACACCUCCAGUUGUUACAACCCAGCCUAAAGCUCAGGAGAAUAAACUACAUAAUGAAGACAGUACAACUGCUAAAAUAGGGCAUGACAGUUUUAUCUCAAAGGAAGAAAAUGGUGAAAUCACACACCCUGUUGACAUUAAACAAGACAUUGUUGCACAUUCUGAAGUCCAAAAUAAAGAAUUUGUUGUCCCAGAAAAUAACACUGAUAAACCCAAUCUCAGUCCUUCCACUCCUGAUCCUUCUCCUCAAAAAGAAUUAGAAAUCCAUAUCCAGACCCAAACUUCUACAGAUGUCUCUUCAGGAUUACAGCAGGAAAAGAAGGACCUUUUGAUUCCAAAAAGGCUAGUAGCACUGUGUUUAGCAUUUACUGUGAUUCUUAAUAGGAGUGUAGACCUGCAAAUGCAUCCUGUGGACUCUAGUCGUUUUGGAUCUUCAGGCAAUCUCAGUCAAGCUAGUUCUCAGCUUAGUGAGACUGGUCAGGAGAGUGCUGCCUGUUCAGAGUUAGAGGAGUCCUACCAUUCCUACCACAGUACUGGCUAUCGGCCAUCCAGAAAUGGGCAUCACCCUACCAAUGGACAUACUUCCUGGGGGGAAGAUGAGGGAUUAAAAUCCUCCCAAGAAAACGGAAAGGGUAUAAGCAGCACUAUAAAAAAUGAGGUGGUUUCUCAAGUGGACAAAAUUCCUGAAAAAACUCUCAAAAGCUUCAGGGAUGAUGGAUUACCUUUGCCAUUCUCUCCAUCCAGAGUGCGCUGGCUUAAGGCAAUCAACAAAGUGAGAGUUCAGCUUAAGGAGGCAGGAAAUGGGAUGAAGCUGCUAUUAGACCCAGCAGGGAUGUUAUCACGGAGUCGUUCCAAUGAGCAAGAUGAAACAAAUGGGUCGGGCGAACUACAGCAAAAAAUGUCUAAGAAAAGAGACCUUGGGAAGAAGCGGACCCAGAGCCCCAAGGUCAAUCGGAGCCUACGCAAGAAGAUUCAGAAAUUCCUCCAGGGCUCAGGGGAAAACACCGCCUAUGACUCCCAUCACUCUCCUGUAGAGAUAGAGGAUGAUAUGUUCAUCUGUGGCAUAAAGAGAGACCCCUGUACUCAUGAGUGUAAUCUCUCAACUCAGCGUAGUUUUGAAAGUCAUACUAAAACCUCCAAGAAUUCACUUAUUGAGCAGGGGAGGCGUAAUAGUGAUGGCAAUAUUACAAUCCCGUGCAUCAUGGGAAUGAAUGGACCUGCAUUAGAGCCCACAGACCAAGCAGAAGACAGUGGCUGUGUAGAUGGAAGAAGUGCCAUGGAUAAUAAACCAAGCCAAAUUAAGGACAGAGACAAGACAAGAGGAGGCGGCUCAAGCACCAUAGUGGAGCACAUUUUGAAGGAACUGCAGGGGAUUAAUAAAAUCCAAGAGGAGAUAUCAGAUUUGAGACAAUACCUGACAUCUGUUAGUGGCUCAGUAGAUGAGGUAUCCUGCUGUGUAGAUGCUGUACUGCUGGAAAUUGAGGAGCUGUACUCAGUUGGUGCUGUAGGGCAUCCAUCACCUCGAAGAGUUGUGGCUCAUCAAAGGAGUCCAGGUAGGCAGAAUGCCGUUGCAGUUCCACAAAGUAGAAAUAAUAGCCCAAUAGUAAAGCAUAGAAAAUUGGAGAAGAAUGAAGGUAGACCUCUAACGGCCAGACCUAACAUGUCAGGAUGGGAUGUGGAAACUGAUUAUCGAGAUGUACCUAGAAGAGCCAAGUUACACAAUCCUAAGAUUUCUGACAACUUGAAUGCCCCCUCUUCCAAAUUUAAGAAGUCCAGUUACUGCCAUCUUGAAAGAGUGUAUGGGCAAGAGUUUACAAGCACUAGUUCCUUAUCCUCAGGUCACAGUUCUAACAGUCGUGAUCCAGAUGGAAGUUAUCAAUCUAGGGAGGUUGACCUACACAACAGUGGUUGGAGACGUUCAGAAAUGCAGUUGAGCGCGAGUGGUGAAGGAGGAUGGAGUGGAGACACUGGAUGGAGUGAGGAGGAUUACUGCUCCUGUCAGAACAGUACAGAUGAAUUGGAAACUGUUGGACACCCAGAUACAUGGUACAGGUACAAUGGUGGCGAGACCAGCAGCACACCGUGUCAUUCAUCACGAAGCAGCUCUGAACACCUAUCCCUACUGUUCGGAAACCAUAAUGACUCUCCAUCUAGCUCAUCCAGUGUUGUAGAUUUUAGGCAUCCUAAGAAUCAGACUGUUGGUGACAUUGGUUGUGACUGCACAUCAAAUUGCAUGUACUCCCGAAGUUCUGGAUACCACACCAUGGACGCAUAUGCUGAUGAAUCAUGUAGUGGGCCAUCCCGAAGCCUUAGUUGUUCAACUGUUGGAAUGACAGACUACGAUGAUGGUUGCCAAAAUCUACACUCCUCUUGUGAGCAUUGCCUCUGUGAUAUGGACUCAGAGAAAGAAUGGCCAGGUGGGGUUUGCCCAAGUGUGUCUGAGGAUCAAUAUGACCCAGAUUACUCUGAAACUACAGAUACUGAAGAGUCACAGCCACCUAAUCUAGGAUAUGAUGUUGUAAAGAUAAAUAAAGCCAUGAUAACUUUCCACUCCGCUCUAAGGGGAGCCUUGACGAAGCUUGACAUGCCUGAACCCCAGUGUUUAGAUGAGGACACCAAGUCUGUAGUCUCAAGUCCCUGCAAAUCCAAUGACCCUGAGGAGGAGAGUACUGGUGAGUCAAAUGUAGAUACUGUUGUACCUUCUAAUGGUGCAACUUUAGAUCUCAGUGUGUUUCCUCAUAAGGGCAUUGAAGCCUCUUCCCAUGGGAAGGACCUGCUGGAGUUACUAAGCCAACGGCGUAAUUCUCAAGCCUUUGAUCCUCUAGUAUCUACUCCUAGCACGAUUUCCCCUUCACAUACUCCAACUGAAUACUAUGCAGUAGACCACUCAGAUACUGUAGAGGAAACUUUAACAGAUCACAAACUUUCCAGUCUGCAGUGUAUUCCAGAGCUUAGCCCAAAACAUGCAGGUCUGAGUUCAGGAAUUGUUGAGUCUUACGAUCACCAAAUGGCAUUUGGCACCGGUAAUACCGAAAUAAGUCCAGAGGGCACGAAUUCAGGAACACUGGAGACAGAUGUUAAUGCAAAACAGGCGGAGCAUAGACUUGACAAUGAACAUGCCCUUGAGGACCCUCAUCACCAGAAGUGCCUUGCCAAUAUUGAACGUGUGCUUAAAGAGAAGAGACAUCGACAUAGACUAUCCAGGAUUGCCAAUGCCUCAAAGAACACUUUCUCUGAAGAGGAAUUUAAACAAGAGGGAAGCAGGGAAGAUGAUCAGGGCAAAGAAAAAGGAGAUAAUUCCAGACAUGCUUGGGUUAAAGCUGGAAAUGGGAGUGGAAUAUUUGGAAUUGACAGUAUGCCAGACCUGCGAAAGAAGAAAGCUAUUCCUCUGGUUAGCGAUGUGUCUCUGGUCCAGGCCAGGAAGGCUGGCAUUGCAUCUGCGAUGGCUUCACGCUCCUCCAUAAAAGAUGAGGAACUGAAGAACCAUGUGUAUAAGAAAACGCUACAAGCUUUAAUCUAUCCAAUUUCUUGUACCACACCUCACAAUUUUGAGGUGUGGACGGCCACUACUCCCACCUACUGUUACGAGUGCGAGGGACUUCUUUGGGGCAUCGCAAGGCAGGGCAUGCGCUGCACCGAGUGUGGGGUCAAGUGUCAUGAAAAGUGUCAGGAGCUGCUGAAUGCAGACUGCCUGCAGCGCGCGGCUGAAAAGAGCUCCAAACAUGGUGCCGAAGACCGCACUCAGAACAUCAUCAUGGCCAUGAAGGAUCGCAUGAAGAUACGUGAGAGAAACAAGCCUGAAAUCUUUGAGGUCAUCCGAGACGUGUUUGUGGUCAGCAAGGCCAUCCAUGCUCAGCAGAUGAAAACCAUCAAGCAGAGUGUCCUGGAUGGAACCUCCAAGUGGUCAGCCAAGAUCACCAUCACAGUUGUCUGUGCUCAAGGGCUACAGGCUAAAGAUAAGACCGGUUCCAGUGACCCCUACGUGACCGUCCAGGUGGGUAAAACCAAAAAGAGGACCAAGACGAUCUACGGCAACCUCAAUCCUGUUUGGGAGGAGAAGUUUCAUUUUGAAUGCCACAACUCCUCAGAUCGCAUCAAAGUUCGUGUUUGGGAUGAAGAUGACGACAUAAAGUCACGAGUGAAGCAGCGUCUAAAGAGAGAAUCUGACGACUUUUUGGGCCAAAGCAUCAUUGAGGUGCGCACGCUGAGUGGAGAAAUGGAUGUCUGGUACAACCUGGAGAAAAGAACGGACAAGUCUGCUGUUUCUGGUGCCAUACGUCUUCAGAUCAGCGUCGAAAUUAAGGGUGAAGAGAAAGUGGCCCCCUACCAUGUCCAGUACACCUGUCUGCAUGAGAACCUCUUUCAUCACAUCACAGAUGUCCUCGGUCAGGGUGUGGUGAAAAUCCCAGAAGCCCGUGGUGAUGACGCCUGGAAGGUUUACUUUGACGACGUGCCGCAAGAGAUAGUGGAUGAAUUUGCAAUGCGCUAUGGGAUUGAAUCCAUCUACCAAGCCAUGACGCACUUUGCAUGUCUCUCGUCUAAGUAUAUGUGUCCUGGUGUCCCUGCUGUGAUGAGCACCCUGCUGGCCAACAUCAACGCCUACUACGCCCACACCACUGCAUCCACCAAUGUCUCCGCUAGUGACAGAUUUUCCGCAUCCAACUUUGGGAAAGAAAGGUUUGUCAAGCUUUUGGAUCAGCUGCACAAUUCCCUGCGCAUUGACCUCUCAAUGUAUCGAAACAACUUCCCUGCGAGCAGUAAGGAACGUUUACAGGACCUCAAAUCUACAGUGGACCUCCUGACCAGCAUCACCUUCUUCAGAAUGAAGGUCCAGGAACUGCAAAGUCCCCCGAGAGCCAGUCAGGUUGUGCGAGAUUGUGUCAAAGCCUGCCUCAACUCCACGUAUGACUACAUAUUCAACAACUGUCAAGAGCUGUACAGUCGCCAAUAUCCUCAAAUUGGAGAUACUCAUAAGGACGAGUGCACCCCAGAAGAUCAGGGCCCGAGCAUCAAGAACUUAGACUUCUGGCCCAAACUCAUCACUCUCAUUGUGUCCAUCACUGAGGAGGACCGAAACUCUUACACCCCUGUCCUAAACCAGUUUCCUCAGGAACUGAACGUUGGGAAGUUGAGUGCAGAGGUCAUGUGGAAUCAGUUCUCUCAAGAUAUGAAAUACGCCAUGGAAGAACAUGAGAAACACCGACUAUGUAAGAGUGCAGACUACAUGAACCUGCACUUCAAGGUCAAAUGGCUGUAUAACGAAUAUGUGAAGGAUCUACCAGCCUUCAAGGGAGUUGUGCCUGAAUACCCCACGUGGUUCCAGCAGUUUGUGCUGCAGUGGCUGGAUGAGAAUGAGGAUGUGUCCAUGGAGUUCAUGCAUGGAGCCCUGGAGAGAGAUAAAAAAGAUGGAUUCCAGCAGACAUCAGAACAUGCUCUCUUCUCCUGUUCGGUGGUGGACGUCUUUACCCAGCUCAACCAGAGCUUUGAGAUCAUCAAAAAACUGGAGUGUCCCGACCCCAAAGUCAUGGCCCUCUACAGCCGCCGUUUCGCCAAGACCAUAGACAAAGUCCUCCUGCAGUACAGUGCCAUUUUGAAAAAGAGCUUCCCGUCCUAUUGUGAUAAGGAGAAGAUUCCAUGCGUCUUGAUGAAUAAUGUCCAGCAGUUGCGUGUCCAGCUUGAGAAGAUGUUUGAAUCUAUGGGUGCCAAACAGCUGGACACAGAGGCCAGUGACAUCCUGAAUGAUCUACAGGUCAAGCUGAACAACGUCCUGGACGAGCUGAGCAGCACCUUUGGAAACACUUUCCAGAGCCGUAUUGAUGACUGCAUGCGUCAGAUGGCCAGUCUGCUGUACCAGAUCAAAGGUCCCGUCAACGCCAACAGCCGAAAUCAGGUGGAGGCAGACUCUGAUAACAUGCUGCGGCCGCUGAUGGACUUCCUGGAUGCAAAUUUGAUGCUGUUUGCCUCGGUGUGUGAGAAAACCGUGCUGAAGAGAGUGCUGAAGGAGCUGUGGAAGAUUGUGAUGAACAGUCUUGAGAAAACCAUCAUCCUUCCUCAGGGCAAUGACACCUUUGGAAUGAUAUUUUCAGCAGCUAAAGAACUGGGUCAGCUCUCCAAACUCAAGGAUCACAUGUCUGGUGAUGCUAAAAGCCUGACACCCAAGCAGUGUGCAGUCAUGGACGUGGCCCUUGAUACUAUAAAGCAAUACUUCCAUGCUGGAGGAAAUGGAUUGAAGAAGGCCUUCCUGGAGAAGAGUCCUGAACUGUCCUCACUGAGACAUGCACUGUCCCUCUAUACCCAGACCACUGACACACUCAUCAAGACGUUUGUUACUUCUCAGCAUGCUCAAGGCUCAGGAGUUGAUAAACCAGUAGGGGAAGUAUCCAUACAGAUUGACCUCUUCACUCACCCGGGCACAGGAGAGCAUAAAGUUACAGUUAAAGUUGUGGCUGCAAACGAUCUGAAGUGGCAGACAUCUGGGAUGUUUCGGCCAUUUGUGGAGGUCACCAUGAUUGGCCCUCAUCUCAGCGACAAGAAGCGCAGGUUCACCACCAAAUCAAAGAACAACAGCUGGGCGCCCAAAUUCAACGAGACCUUCCAUUUCAUUCUUGGAAACGAGGAUGGCCCGGAGUGUUACGAGCUGCAGGUUUGUGUGAAGGACUACUGCUUUGGCCGUGCGGACCGUGUGGUCGGUAUCGCCGUCAUACAGUUGCGUGAUGUCGCACCAAGGGCCAGCUGCGCCUGCUGGUGUCCACUGGGCCCACGGAUACACAUCGAUGACACGGGCCUCACCGUCAUGCGCAUCCUCUCCCAGCGCUCAGGUGACGAGGUGGCCAAAGAGUUUGUGAAACUCAAGUCCGAGACCCGCUCGGCCGAGGAGGGGAGGUGAGGACGUUCUGACAGCCAAAGGCAAUCUGAAACUCUUUUAGUUGUUGAACGGAUAAACAAAGGCUGGAUUCAACACUGUCACCUUUCUGUGUCCACACCAAUGUUUUCGCUGCCCACUGACACCCACUUCUGUCCAAAAGAGAAGGGCUUUCAGCGGCCAUGUGACAUUUUAUAAAGAGCACUGUUAGUCUAAAAAUGAAUGUGGAGUCAUCCCAAUCAACAAUUAAUUUUUUUCAUAUGUUAAUAUACAAUGAAACACACACUCACACACCAAGCCACUGACAAACUAGCAAAUGACUUUUCAGGGUAGGUGCCAUAUUUUAUGAACAACGAGACUGUGAUGGAUAGACAUACAGGACUGGGUUGUAUUGUGCCUCAGUUUUGCCUAAUUAGGUGGUUUUUUCCAUUAGAUAUUUUUUAGAAAUAUGUAUUUGGGUGAAUCUCUUAAAAACAGACCACAUUUCCUUGAAAUAUACAAUUAAAUAUAAUAUAAAAAUAAGAAAAUGCUAAAUAAUUUCACAAUGCAAAUAAUAUAAAAUGUUAUUAAAAUAGACUAGUAAAAUAUAACUGCUUUUGGGUGAACUUUGACAUUUAUGAGAUGCUUCCACUUUAUGAUUCAGCCAUUUUCAAUGUUUCAUUAACUCAAUAACAGUAAACCAUACACAGCAGUAAAACCAGGCAUGUCUCCCUCGCAAAUAUUUUGUUUGCAAGAAAAAAAAUGUCAUCUAUCCCUGACUGAAAGUCCUAUGAGCAUUCAGUUUGAAUCUGAGAUUUGACCUCCGACCAUUAGAUGGCGCUGUGAGUGUGUCGGGUCAUCAGUUUGUAAAAUUCAGAGAUUCCAGAUCUAUUCAUGCACUUUUUCUCUGUAACCCUUUUUGCCAUGUGUUUAUUGCCUUAUUUUGUUGAUGCUGUGAAUGUGUCAGGUUGAAAUGUAAUGAUUAUGAUUGUUAGGACAGAGUGUGUUACUUUCCUAGGGGCCAGAUCUCAUUCACUUGGUGUUGUGGUGUGGUUCGUUGCAUGAAUAAGAAUAAGUAAUCAGAACCGACAAGUCCAAAAAAAGGUGUUUGUUGAGAGACAUCAUGUACAUUUCACAUCAUUUCCAAGUCAGCUCGCACGUGACACAUCCAUCAGCCGAAAGUGUGCCUUUCUUACAGGCUUUGCGGCCGCUCAGAAGAUGGAUGACCUGUUUGCACCUCAGCCCACAAGUCUUCUGCCUCUUACGGUCACCAUUCAUUUCAAAGUGAGCGGUACUUCAGCCAUUGUCUAUGACCAGUACGUGGCAGCAAUAAUCAAGUUCACAUUUACACAUUAUUAUUAUUUAUUUAUUUUAUUUUUUUGUCCAUCGAAAGACAAUGCAGCAUAAUCGGACAGUAUUGAAGCUUAAAUGUGUGAAUGCUUUAAUGGGGUGUCGUGUAAUACUUUUCAAUACUUUAUAUUUAUAUAGUGGAAUGAGAGAGGGAAAGUUAACAAAUAUCAGAUCAAGCUCAGAUAUGAUCACUGAUCAAUUAAAGAUAAUAGUGAGUUUUGUUUGUUUUAAUUUCAAAGCGGCCUUACUUUGUUUGUUCGGAUAUUUUCUAUUUAAAUGAUUUUAACUUCUGUUUUUUUCCUUUUAAGUAAAGAUGAUUCUUUUCUUCUGUGAAGUCUUGUUGUUACUCCGUUUCUAUGUUUUGUUUCAUUUGUUUUCUUUAUUUGUUCAUUUGAGGAAUUUUGUACUGUGUUGUGCUUUGUUUUUCCAGAAAUGACUCAAACUGCAAAAACAAACAGGAAAAAGACAGUAACACUAAAUAUGUCCCUUCGUUUGUUGCCUGUGCAAAAAGUCUCACCUUGUUAAUCCAAAUUUCAAUGUAAAAAUUAUUGUAUUUUUCACAAGCACUGCCAAUAUGUAAAAUGUAUGUUAAUAUUGCCAAUCAUUAUUGUGACUGUUUAACCUGUUACUUAUUUCUGUACAUUUCUCACUUCUAACUCUGUGUCACUUUAUAUACUGUUACUGUUGUUUAGGCCAGCAGUGUUUGGACUGCAUUUUAGAAGAGAACUGUCACUCUUUGUAAUAUAUACAUUCCUUGUGCCAACUUGUGGAAGUUCUCACCUUUUUUUUAAACUCUUGAAACAAUACUGACAAUAAUCACUGACAUGUUUGGGACUUAAUGAGUUUACUCACAUUUUUGAAGUUCUAUAGGUAUUGUACACAGUCACUGACAAGGAAAAAUGUGUUAUUAAAAUGUUUGUGUGCACACUCCAACAAAUGACUUUAUGUAUAAAGUAUCUUAAACUAAUGUUUGCUUGAUGUCAUUUAUGUAAAGGAAAAAAUUGUGUGAUGAGCUGUUUAUUUAUUUGCUUAGUUAAAUGAUUA